AUGUACGGAUUAAUGGCUUCGAGACGCUUGCAAAGCAAAUGCGCUUCUUUGAGCUGGUUCAGCUCUUUCAGUGCUUCAAGGUUUGCUCAUUCACUAGCCUUUGCCACAGUGAAAGCCGAAGAAAUAUCAGGCGCUCAGCCAGCUGAAGUUCUGAAUUUGGUGCAGGGUAAUUGGACAAAAUCUUCUCGUUCGAACAACAUUCCCGACCCUUUAAAUGGAGAACUGUUUAUUAAGGUUUCUGAAGUUGAUGAGAAGGAAAUAAAGCCUUUUGUCGAGAGCUUGUCCAGUUGUCCCAAACAUGGCCUUCACAAUCCAUUUAAAGCACCUGAGAGGUACCUGAUGCUUGGAGACGUAACCACAAAAGCAGCUCAUAAACUAUCACUGCCUGAGGUUUCUGAAUUCUUUGCCAAGUUGAUACAAAGGGUGUCUCCGAAGAGUUACCAACAAGCAUUCGCUGAAGUUUAUGUCACACAGAAGUUUCUGGAAAAUUUCUGUGGCGAUCAGGUUCGUUUUCUGGCUAGGUCAUUUGGUGUUCCAGGUAAUCAUCUUGGUCAGCAGAGCCAUGGCUUUAGGUGGCCUUAUGGUCCGGUCACAAUUAUUACUCCUUUCAAUUUUCCGUUAGAGAUUCCAGUGCUUCAACUAAUGGGCGCUCUAUAUAUGGGAAACAAGCCACUGCUCAAAGUUGACAGCAAGGUAUCUGUUGUUAUGGAACAAAUGCUUCGUUUGCUCCACGAGUGUGGGCUGCCUUCGGAAGAUGUUGAUUUCAUAAACUCUGAUGGGAAAGCAAUGAACAAACUUCUCUUGGAGGCAAAACCGCGCAUGACUCUAUUCACCGGUAGUUCAAGAGUUGCAGAGAAAUUAGCUGUUGAUCUCAAGGGUCGAAUCAAACUUGAAGAUGCUGGAUUUGACUGGAAGAUUCUUGGGCCGGAUGUCCAUGAGGAGGAUUAUAUCGCUUGGGUUUGUGACCAAGAUGCUUAUGCAUGUAGUGGCCAAAAGUGUUCGGCUCAAUCCUUGCUGUUCAUGCACGAGAAUUGGGGUAAAAGUUCGCUCAUAAGUAAGCUUUCGGGUCUUGCUGCUAGAAGGAAGCUGAAUGAUCUCACUAUUGGCCCUGUUCUUACCUUUACUACUGAAGCAAUGCUUGAUCACGUGGAAAAAUUGCUCAGUAUAAAAGGAUCUCGCGUUUUGUUUGGUGGUAAAGCUUUACAAAACCAUUCUAUUCCUACAGUGUAUGGUGCCAUCGAACCUACUGCCAUUUUUAUUCCACUCGAAGAAAUUCUGAAGGAGAACAAUUUCGAUCUCGUAACAAAAGAAAUCUUUGGCCCGUUCCAGAUUGUCACGGAAUACAAACACGACGAGCUUCCGCUUGUUCUGAACGCUCUCGAAAGAAUGCACGCGCACUUAACAGCUGCAGUUGUGUCUAACGAUCCUUUAUUCGUGCAGGAGGUGGUUGGGAAUUCUGUCAAUGGAACUACUUAUGCUGGACUUAGAGCAAGAACUACUGGAGCUCCACAAAAUCAUUGGUUUGGCCCAGCCGGUGAUCCAAGAGGAGCCGGGAUAGGGACACCGGAGGCAAUAAAGCUCGUUUGGUCGUGCCAUAGAGAGCUAAAACCCUCGCUCGAACCGCCACCAGCAGCCGCCGCCUCGUCUACCAACAGACCUAAAAACUGUUCCGGCGGCGACCCUUUUCACUUUUUUGGAGUCCGUUUCUUCUCUCUAUCUCAAAUGUCUUUACUCGAAAUCAUAAUAAAAGCUUCAUCAGCCGCCCCUGCCUUGCCCGACCAAGAGUCCGAUUACCCGAUCGUGCUCAACCCGGACCCAAUUUUCUCCAAGCUAAAGCCCGAAUCCGACGGCCCGAAAUCUGAAAUCCAUGUGAAAAAGGCCACCGGAUGGGAAAUAUCGCAAACUGACAACGAGCUCAUCGAGUUAGGUCAAAAGUUCUUCAAGAAGCUUAGGAGGAAGCUUAAGGACACGAAUUCGUUUCGUGGGCCUGAGUUUCUUGACAUGCUGACUUCUUAUCUAGAGAGUUCUGCAAAAAAGGUUGGAAUUUCAUUACAUUUCGAUAAAUCCGAGCCGAUGUACCAUUAUAAUGUUGUCCAGAAAUUGGGGGUUUUGAUGGCUAGGGAUGUUAGGGACUUGGUUGCAGAGGGCUGCAUUGUUUUAGAGGUUUGGGACAUGCUAGAAGCUUUGAUAGUCAACGGUCUCGUAAACCAUGGGUUCACGUCGAAUUUGGUUAGUAAACUGAUCGAAAAACGGAGGUCAGACUUGAUUGUCUGUUGCGUGAACCAUUUGCUCGAUUUGCAAGCUUACGAAUUGAUGUGCAUUUUGAAGUACUUCUUGAUUCUGCCGGUGGAUGGGCGUGAGAGCUUGGCUAGCGUGAGAAAGGAUUGGGAGCGCCAAGCAUUGUUGGCUAUUGACAAGGCAAGUGGCAAAGGGGUUAAAGAGAAAGAAAUUAGCUUGGCAAAGGAGGCAGCAUCUUUGGUCAUGCUAGCGCAUGAUGGGUUUUCAUUGUCCGAACUAUGCUUGCACUGUUUUCUAGCAUCCCCAAAUCUGGAUGAGGUGAUUUUUUCAGCUUGUGUUGAGAAAUUGGAUGGUGAGGAGAUUAGUGCAUUGAUUCGGUACUUAAGGAAGUGGAUUGAGAAAUACGAGAGGUUCCCUCAGGUGGGUCCCUGUCCCAAGGGGUCUUCGGCUUUGGGUUUGGAGGUCUGCAAGUGGGUCCCGUCUCUAGAAACUGUGGUGAAAUGUCUUGGUGUGGUUUUGGACGAGCAUUUCUCGUAUUUGGUUUUGCAAUCGGAAUAUGGUGAGUUGAGAGCAUUAGAGGGAGUUGUUGGCUCCUUAGCUGCAGAGGCAAGGCUUUGUGGUGGUUUGGCUAAUUUGGCUGAAAGGUUGAGAGACGAACGCAAGGCCCACCACAACGAGUCUUUGGGCAAUUUCGCAUUUUGA